AUGUUUCCAACUGUUAGUGAGACACAUAUCAAGAUAUUGCUUAAAAAGUACUAUAAUCGUGAAGCAGUAGUUAUAAGUGCUUUGCAAGUGGAAAAGCAUCCAAUUACAACACCUGGACCACUAGCAGCAUCACCAUCUGUCAAUCGUCUUCACAAAGGUGCUGUGGGGGUUUACUCGGCUUUACAAUUAGCGAAAGGAGUAUCGAGCUCCUUACAUGGAUCAUGCCAUUCACCAUUUACAUUGACCCCACAAGGUUCUCCAUUAUUACUGCGGCCAUCUUCAUGUGCAUCUAGCUAUUAUGGCACAGUUAAGUCGAUGGACGGCCAAGUUGCUAGACAUCAAUCACCAAAAAUGAAACUAAAGUACAUGAAGAGUGUCUUUCCCAAAGCAGAAGAAACAUUAAUCUUAGAUAUAUUGGCGAACAAGGACAACAAUGUACAACUGGCGAGUGAAGAGCUAAUUUCGAUGGGAUUUAACAAGAAGGAAACAAUUAUAAAUCAAAAUAAGAAAGAAGUAGAGACACCACUGCCUGUUAAGAAAAAUGUUACAAUUAUGAAGACUACUGAAGAGAGAAAUAAGAUCAAAGAAAGUUUCCAGAAGAAAUACAGUAGUAUAGCAGAAAGAGUAGUCUCCAUUGCAUUGGAAAGUGUGGAUUACAAUGAGGAGAGAGCGGAACAGAUAUUAGAUGCAGUCCUUCAGGAAGACCAGGCACCAAAGGUUUCAAAACCAAUAGAUGUUAAAGAAAUAAAGAGAAGCGAUCAAACUGAAAGCAAGAGUUUAUCCAUCAGCGACGUGGAGUACGAGCCGAGACAAACGCCAGCAGCUGUUGUUACACGCCGUAUCAAGACGUGGACCGAGCACUUGAAACCGAUUCUCAAGUGCAGUACAAACCUGGAGUCUAAAUACAGGUCCCAGUAUUCCGUACCGAGUGUAGGACCUAACCCUUCUUUAAGACAAGGACCUAAGGACAAUCUGCUAUUGGAGGAUUAUAUGGCAUGGAAUGGUCCGAAUCCCCAGCUCCACCUUGGUCAAGCCGUGAAACCCGAAGGCCCGGAGUUACGAAAGUCGUCACUGACUACAGUGUGUGGCCCUUCAGGGAGCGCAAAGGGGCCAGCAGGAAUUGCAAAAGGAUCGAUGUAUAAACUCAACAAAAAAUCUGCUAAAAUUGUGGUGUAA